CAUACACGGGUGCACACGCUCGAAGUUCACACAUGUCCUCUGUGGAACAGUUCAGAUGCUGGUCUGCGAUCCUGCUCAGGAACGGAUUUAAAGAUUUAAACAGUUAGAAGAGAGGUGAGCCAUGUCGUCCCGUGUGAUGAAGUCAAGAGGCAAGAACCCGUACGCUGCAGUGCAGGUGGACCCAGAUAGUGAUUACAUCACACCAGGAACAUUAGACCUAGAACAGAUGUUCUGGUCAGGCACCGGGGCUCCGUAUGCACAUGUAAACCAGGUCUGGCCCAGAAUCUACAUUGGUGAUGAGAAAACAGCUCUGGAGUGUCCUGGACUGAAGGAUCUGGGUAUCACGCAUGUCCUCAAUGCAGCAGAGGGAAAGUGGAAUAAUGUACUGACUGGUCCUGAAUACUACAGUGACAUGAACAUUGAGUACUUUGGUGUCGAGGCUGAUGACAAACCCACUUUCAACAUCUCCCCGUUCUUCUGCCCUGCAACCCAAUUCAUCCAUGAGGCCCUGAGCCAGCCAGAGAACAAGGUUCUGGUGCACUGCGUGAUGGGCCGCAGCAGGUCGGCGUCUCUGGUAUUGGCAUACCUGAUGAUGAAACACAGCUUAACAGUAGUGGAUGCUGUUGAGCAUGUGCGACAGCGACGCUGCAUCCUGCCCAAUCAUGGGUUCCUGAAACAGCUCAGAGCCCUGGACAUCACAUUACAAGAGGAGAGGCUGAGACAGAAAAGAGAGACCAAUGAUACACAAUAGAUAUACAAUAUUUUUUACACUGUAUAUAAAACUUCAGAUUUUUCAGACUUUGAAUGCAUC